AUCACGAAGGAAAUUACUUCAGAUGCCAGGAUCUGCAGUUCCCUUUCCUCCCCUCAAGGUGUUGUCCAAUGGGGAGCCGUGCCUCAUGUUCCAGGCCAGGAGACUGUAUCUCCGCUAUGAGAGGCAGAAGCAGCUGGACCUGACGGAGGAAGCCUUCUCUCCUCAGAAACCCGUCGACACCAGCCAGUCUGUCUGCAGCAAGGACAAGGCUACGCUGGUCAUGAGGUUUGGUGAUGUGGAGGAUAUAAGAGACCUGUUCAUCAGAUUGCAGCUGUCCAACACUUUCUACGAGUCUUCAGGUCAGUGGUGGUUCUCGGUGGACAGCAUAUCUCUGAUCUACAACACCUCUGAGGAAGCUGUGUUCAAUGCCAGUGAGGUGUAUGCUCCAGCCUCCUCCUCCUACCACUGCCUCCAUGUCAGCAGCCUGCAGCGGUAUAGCGCCCUGCUGCUGCCGAGCACUGACAACGCCCACCGCUGGACCGUCACCUUCACCGAUUUCCAGAUUCAGGCAUUCAACGUCACCUCCGGUAAGUUUUCUCCCGCGAGCGACUGUGCCACCUUCCUGACGCCAGCCAUCCUGAUGGGCCUCGUCACUUCCCUCAUCCUGCUACUGGUCCUGGCCUACGCCCUGCACAUGGUCAUCCACCUGAAACACAUCGAGCAUGACAACGAACACAAGGCCGACAUCUACUAUCCCGAAAACCCUGAACACCCUGAACACUGUGUGGAAAACAUCACUGAGAAAAACAUUUUGUAGUGUAACCAGGAAGAUAAUUAGAGACUGUCAACACAUACAUUUUGUUGAAGAAAUUCACUCAAGUCCUUGUUCAAAGCUUGCUGUAGUGGUGGUGGUUUAUUAGUAUCCCAGAAUACAGUGAGCUUAGUGACACAGAGCAGUCUACUGUCUAGGACAGUAGACUGACUCAGAGCAGAGGGACAGUUAUACUGUGAGCCGAGGGGGGGGGGUUAUCAGACCGUAUGCAAAUACAGUUGUGAUUAAAAAUGUAAAGGCACUGUGAUCAGAUCAAAAGGAAUGAUGGUAGGAAGCAUUCAGAGCUUACAGUGUGUCACAGACGAGAUCAAGGGUCAACUUAGCAGGGGGGCAGGAAGGGGCUCCCAGACUUAAUAAAUUAGGGGGGUAAGGGCAUUUUAAGGAUCCAAAGGUAAGGGAAAAGGGGGGGACUGCAUUCAGGCAGUUGUCAAUAAUGAAAUCAAGGGGCUGAAACAGGAGGGGGUACUGCAUUCAGACAGACAGCACUUAACAGCAACAGAAUAUAUCAGAUUCUUCAUCAACUUCAGAGAGACGCAGAUGAUUUGACGCUGGUGUGAUAUAUUUUAAGCUCAGGAUUUGAUUUUUUUAAAAAUACAUUUCUAGUGCUUUGUAAUUUGCCUAUUAGUGAGUUUCUCGUGUUUAUAAGAAAUUUAAUAAAACAGACGUUUA